AUGCGCCGCCUUCUAGCCUCGCGCAACUCAGGUGCAGUACUUCCGGGCACGAGCCAGGCUUCAAGUUCCACUGCCAACGACGCGAACGACAGCAGUGACUCAAGGGAAGGUGCUGCUAGGCCGUUCUCUGCAUGGCCUACAGCAGAUCAUAUCAUAGGAGCUAGCGAUGACUCGGACAAUGUGACUCUUGCAUCGUUUUCGACCGCCCCACCCAGCUAUACGUCUGUUCAAUGGACUCCUGACGAUCCACAUGAGAACGAUGACUUGACCCAAUUGUCGGCCUCACCACGACCACUCAACCUUCCACCACCCCGUACCACCACUCCUUCUCCUCGUCCCACUCUCCGUCAACAAGGCUCCGGAUCCACCAGCUCAAGCAAUGACAGCCGAACUACCACAAGGAACGAUAUUGGAACGUUGUCUUCGACCUACGCCAUUAUGGAAAGUGAUCUUCAAGUCCCGAACGGAUCCACGUCCGGCUCAGCAUCACGAGCCCCGAGCUAUCGCCCGUCCGCUACUGAGAACAGUCAAUCGGGUCUAUACUCUAGGAGUAGAGGCGGUAGUAGUGUGGAUUUGAACGGUGGUGGUGCAAAUACUGGUGGUGCGAGUUCAACGAGUUUGGCUGUUCCGGGACCAACAAGUCACGGCAGAAGUCGGAGCAGUAGUCAUGUCGAGUCUUUGAGAAGCGAGGCUGGCGAAGGUUCGAGUCCGAGGGAGAGCGGGAACCGAAGUACGGGUGGAGUGGUGGGGUUGAGGGCCCUGGUCCCUUCGACCUCGGAGGUCGUAUUGGCUUGGACGCCUCCCAGGAGCAGCAGUGAUCCUCCGGAGAACCGUGGCGAGACGAGUACUCUUCAUGGAGGAGGAACGGCGGACGCAUUGCCGGAUUAUUCGAUAACAGGCGCCAGGCUACCUACAUACAGGCCCCCGAUUCCAACCUCCCCCAGAACCUUCACAUUUUCACCCUUCUCAGCCUCUCCUUCCUCUCCAACACCAAACGCGAUGCUAGUAUUGCCGUCUGCUGACUCGCAGGAAACAAGACCGCUGUAUCAUAUCUCGGUGAGCCAGAACUGUUGGGCCCCGAUGUCGUUUAUCACGACCGUAAGGAGGGGAGGAAGGGUAGAUGGGGAUUUCGUCGGGGACUUCGAGAUGGGCGUCACGGCGCGGAUGAGCACGGUUUGCAUAGGGGAAACGCAGACUUUUGUAUCGAAAGCGCUUAAAGGCCGCAGUUCUCCGUGGAAGUGGGAGUUCGAAGACACAAAACUCCAAUGGAUAUUACUUCCAAAGAAUCAAAACCGAGAGUCCCGCAAAAAAGACGAGCACCUCAAAUGUUUUCUCGUCGACUCCGCCCGCACCCCAUCCAUCCACCUCGCAAACUUCACCCGUCAUGAACUCAAUUCUCUACGAAACCGUCGGAAGGACGAACAAGCCAGCGAGCUACAUGUACUUCCGGAUGCGAUGCGGGAUUGGCAGGUCUCUGAGACUGGAGAGGAGUUCAGUAAGACGGUGGAUCAUAUUGUGAUGAGUGUGUUGAUUAUGGAGAGGAUAAGAUUUACCGCGUAGGUAGCGGGUUCGAUUAGUAUUUAUUCUUAGUGUCGUACUCCUAUGAAAAAACCAAGAUCGCGGACGACUUGGUGUGCCAAUAUGCGAGCUA